AUGACUGUAAAUGAUGAAUUUUAUUUUGCCUUACUGCGUGUUUCGAUGUUACAAUUAUUAAAAUCGAUUGGGUUUGAUAGGGCAAAACCCUCAACUGUAGAUAUUUUUACAGAUUUAUACAUUAAAUGGUUGGAACUUAUGUUGAAAGAAAUAAAUAAACUUUCAAUGGCGAGACAAUCCACUGAGACAGAUGAUAAUAAUAAUAUUGCUUUACAAGAUAUUGUUCAGGCAAUGAUUAAUUUAGGACAAAUCAAACCAGUAGAUAUACUUGAUAUAUUUGACGAAAAUCCUUCUUUGCCGAGUGAUAAAGGCUUAUUACUAUUAAAAAAUUGGUUUUUGCACGAUAUGCAAUUAAAAUAUGUAAAAAAUCUAUCAAUACCCCCAAUUGAAGUCAUUAAAUCUGAUUUAACUAAAAAAAUCGAGACUAUGGCAACUACAAAACAUGGCUUUACAAUAGGUCCAACAAAGGAUGGUCCAAAUGAUAAUUUAGGAACCAAUAAUAAUAUUAUACCGAAUAGUUACAGUAAUAUGAAUGAUUAUCUUAAUAAGUUAAAUCCAGGACAAACAAAUCCAUUUGAUGAAGAUAUUCAGAAGGAGUUAAUCAAACAAGAAGAAUUAAUAGAUGAGAUUCUCAAUAAUGGAGAUACAGAUAAUUGGAUCAAAUUUAUAUUGAUUAGACAAAGAUUAAAUCUUUGGAAUAAAAAAAAUCAAAAUAGUUUACCAAUUAGUAUUUCCCAAUUAUCUAGCGUUAGCGGACUGAAAAAUUCUUUGUUACAUUCCAUGCUGCAAUUUUCAAAAGAAGAUUGUGAUUACUAUAGUAACAAUAAACUACAAACUAUUCCAACAAAGUCAAACAAUGAUUACUUGCCAAUAAUAUCAGAGAGUAGUAUUAAUAAUAAUGGAAAUAGUGACCUAACGUAUCAUAAUGAGAGUAACUUAGAAUCAUUGGAGGAAAAUACCAUCCUUGUUAAAAAAUCACAAGAAUAUAUGCAAAAAUUACCUGCAAUGGACAAAGAAAAUAGACUAGAUACGAUAAAAUUAUCAUUUGAGAAUGAUUUACUUGAAAGUGAAAGUGAAAGUGAAAACGAUUAUAAAAAUAAUAAUGGAUAUGGUGAAGUCAGUGCCAAAGAAAUGGACGCUAAUGAAAAUCAAUUAGAAGAACCGGUUGAUCCUAAUGACGUUGAAAUGGACGAUAAUGAGGGUGACGAUAUUAACGAACAGUAUAUAGGGAACAAUGUAGAUGAUCCAUUAUUUCCAAACCCAAUUGUGGAAUCGUCCAAUUUCCAAUUUACUACAUCUGUUACGGGUGAUAUUACAGAUGAAACGAAUGGUGUUAAUAAUUUAGAGCUGGCAGCGAUGGAAGAUAUGGAUAAUACAUUCCAAAGAAGACAAUCAUUAGACUUUGGCCAACCUUUCUAA